UUUGCAGAAAUUCCUUGGUGCAUUCAAGCAAGUCUCAAGUUAUUUUGUUUUUUAUAAAUAAAUUUUUGGAAAAUAUAACAUUUUUCAUUGUUUAUAUAUGUUUUCAUUUCACAUUUCUCUAAUUAGCAUAAAUAUUUCUUGAAAAAGAGUUCACAAAUUAUAGUAAACUAUUAAACCGUAAAUCGGCAAAACAUAAAUGAAUAUAUAUAAAUCCAAUAAAAUAUAGUCACAUACAAAAAAAAAGCAAAACAUCUCUAAACAACGCAACAAACUCCAAUAGAAAAAGUGGACAGUCCAUCACAGAAAUGUGGAUCCAACCCAAAGAGGUUCUUUUGCCCGGAACAUUAUGGGUGGCCGAGAUGAAAUCCAAGUACUUUGUACUUCAAAAACGCCGAGGUCAUGGCGAAUCCAGAGGUCUUUCAUCUGUUUUGGUCGGAACGUUGGACAGUUUUUUUGAUAGACGGCCACCCCCGUAUCGGAUUCUGCAUCAGACGCCAUCUUCGGAGGUCUUUUAUGAAAUUGCAAUUGGUCUAACACUCGAAGAGAUAAUAAAAGAUUGGGAAUGGCUAGUCGAGAAUUUAUUCAAAGUUCUCAAUGAAAUGGAGAGUGAAGAAGAAAUAACUAACUUCACUAUUUGCAAAAUCCAAUCACUGCACGCUCACAAUACCCAAUCAAAUGAUGAUUCUGGUGAAACAGCAGAUUUUAAAGUUAUCGCUGCUAAAUUUCGAACCUACUUUGACAUGCCAGAAGAAGAACAAUUGGUCAAUACGUAUUCGUGCAAUUAUUUUAAAAAUAAAAUACCACGUCAAGGACAACUGUAUAUAUCGCUCAAUUAUAUUGCCUUUUACUCUUAUAUGUUGGGCAAUGUUGUUAAAUUCGCUAUACGCUUCUCAGAGCUUAUGAAAAUUGAAAAAACUGGAAAUGUUAUUUCAAUUAAAACCAUCAAUGACAUGCAUUAUAAUUUUACACUCUUUUUUGAUGCCACAGAGGCACACAGUUUGAUUGAACAACUUAAUAAAAUGGCUAUUGAGCAAAUGAUGCAGGACCCUGACAGUCCAAUAGUAGACCAUGAAGCUACUAUAUUUCAACGAUUUGGUAAAAAGACAUCGAAGAAGCCAUUCCUUCUGCGAGACUUAACAGUACGCCAAAAGUCCGAAGAGUACAGAAUGUACUUUAGACUUCCGCAAAGAGAAAUAAUGGAUGGAAAAAUAAAAGGUAAACUCUGGACUCCAUACGCUAAACGCUACGUUACUGGAAAUAUUUAUCUUUCCACGAAUUUCUUAUGCUUUAAAAGUGACGUAAUGGAUAUGGUCAGCAUAGUUGUUCCAUUGAAGAACAUAGUUAGUGCUGAAAAGAAAGACGAUGGUCCAAAUCGUCAUGAUAAUCAAAUAAUUAUCAAUACAAAUGAAAAUGUGCCCAUUAUAUUUGCACAAAUUGCUGACAGAGAUGUUCUCAUUCGGAAAAUCUCUGAUUUAUUAUCAAAAAUUAAUAUCCCAGUUGGAAGGGAACGGGCAAAAUAUGAUAUUUCAUGGUCAAAACAAGCCGCCCUAAUGCACACCUUUAAGUCUGGUUUAACAGAAACUAUGCAACGAAAACAAGAAGAAAAGAUAACGAAAUGGGAAAAUCACUUUCGUGAAUUUGGUCAAGGAAUUUCAAUGUUCCGCACAACAGAUGUGAUAAAUCUUAUAAUCGAGGGCAUUCCAGAUAAAUUACGACAAGAAAUUUGGUUAAUAUUUUCCGGUGCAAUACAUGAAAAAGAAAUGAAUCCAGGACUUUAUGAAGAUCUUGUAGAAAAGUCGGCUUCAAUGCAACAUUGCCUUGUACAUGAUGAAAUCGAUCGUGAUUUACCACGAUCUCUACCCGAGCAUCCUGCAUUCCAGCAUAAGGACGGACUUAGCGCCCUAAGACGGGUCCUACAAGCAUAUGCACUACGCAAUCCACACGUUGGGUAUUGCCAAGCGAUGAAUAUUGUUUCAUCGGUAUUUUUGUUAUUCUGUGAUGAAGAGAAUGCCUUCUGGAUGUUGGCAAGUUUGUGUGAAAACUUGUUGCCAGUUUAUUAUAAUGAUAAAGUUGUAGGAGCACAGAUUGACCAAGGAGUUCUCAAUGAAUUGGUACAGACCUAUCUACCAGAUCUACACAGUCAUUUGGACAAUCUUGGCAUUAUUAAGAUGAUCUCCAUAUCAUGGUUCCUGACAAUUUUCCUAAGUGUUAUUCCAUACGAGAGUUCUCUCCAAAUUAUCGACUGUUUCUUCUACGAUGGAGCCAAAAUCAUUUUUGUGAUUGCACUUCAAAUUCUCGAAUGGAAUCGUGACAAAUUGUUUUUGUGUAAAGACGAUGGUGAAGCAAUGCAGUUGCUUGGAGACUUUUUGCAUGGUAUUUACAAUCCUGACUACCAACCCUCUUUGCCACGUAAAAACCAAACACAUCACAGUCAAUCUGUACAGACGUUGAUUCAUGAAGCCUACAGCCGUUUCGGUAGUCAAAUAUCGGUUCAAAAAAUCGAAGAACUUCGAAACAAACAUCGCCGACUAACUAUGCGACAAUUUGAUAUUGACAAUGAAAAGACAAUGGUUAAAUUCCACGCUGAUAACAUGUAUUUUGAUAAGGAUGAGCUGCACAAGCUGUUGGCAAUAAUUCGCGAGGAGAAAAUGACUCCGAAGAAAAUUCAGCAAAAAGCCAAUACAGUUGGUGAAGCUCCUAUUCUUAUACCGCAUGCUAGUGGCGAAGAAUACACCUCACAUCUUAGUGUUUGUAGCCGAUCUGAACCGUAUAAUGUAGAUUUUGACACAUUCAGAGUCUUGUUUCAUGAGUUGACACCGUGGAAGAGUUGUCGUUCAAUCGACUUGGCAGAGAAACUGUUUAGAUUGACUGACAAAAAGAGUACCGGUAUUUUAGAGUUUUCACAAGUUAUAAAUGCCAUUGGCAUUUUGUGUUCCAGUAAAUACACAGAAAAAUUAAAACUUUUGUAUAUCUUGCAUCUGCCUCCAUUGCUGACCAAGUCUGAAAUAGAGCAAGCAAAGAAGCCACGUACUGCAAAGGGCGAAGCAGAAGUUGGAAUCGAAGCAGAGGACUUUUUUGGGUUUGUUUCCAAUUUAUACGAUUGGAUUCGACCCCAAAUUUCUGAUUACAACAUCUUUGAUUCCAGUGAUGAUCCAUCCGAAUCUAUUGAGGCCUUACCCUCACCAACUGACAAUAAUUUCGAUGAGUGUGAAUUUGGAUUAUUAGCUGCUGCAACAGGCGCCAAAUCCAUUGCACAACAAAAUUCGAUCGAUGCUGCAGAUGAUCGACCAACUCCAAAUCUCUCAUUACCAAAUUCUCAGCCACAAAACUCACAGUCGACUUUUUAUGUUGAUUUGCCAACUGAUCAGCUGGCCCAGCAAGGUCGAUUUGAAUCGAUUGAAACAUUUUCGGACAUAAGUGAUCUUGGAGCUAAACUUAAUCAAUUGAAUGUGGAAACAAUUUCGAAUUUUUCCCAAAUCACACAGAGCGAUAUGGGAAAUGCCAAAUAUGAAAAUCGAACAUCACGCACAGACUCAACAUCGGACACAAAAAGUCUUGGAAGCUUGAGGUAUUUCUUUGAUCAGCCUUAUGGUGGAAAUUCUCCGAAUAAGACUGUGCCCAAGAUGAAGAAAACAAACUUCCAGUUUUUGUGGCGUAGUUUGGUGGAGAUUAUUGGUGAUCAAGAUCAGGAUAUGAAAUCUGCAUAUGAGAAUCUAAUGGAAUUGGGAAGUCAAAAUCCUUGCAAUUUGAAGAAAGAUAUAAGUUUGGAAAGUUUUACUCAGUUAGAUUUUGUUGGAAGUAAUGAUGAGCCCGAUACGAAUGGAAAUCCAACAACUCCAAUGGAACCACCAUCAACCAGCAAUCUCUUCAUGGCUCUUGAUAAAGAACUGCGUCAAGCUGAUGCAGGCUUUUCAGCAUCUUCUGUAACAACACCAACAACUGCAACCGCCACUGAUGCCGAUCACUGGGAAAUAAGUAUAAACCAAUUCAUUGCCACUGUUUUGGCAGUGACGUCAAUUGUCCAAGCAUUCUACGCUCACACACCCAUCAAAGAGAACAUCGAACGCAUGCAGAAGAAUAGAAGAAAGUGUGUAGCGUCGAAUUACUAAACAAAAAACUAAUACGAGAACUGAGUCUUAUACGAUUCUUAUUUGAUGUUUUUCUGGUUUUGGUUUUGAGAAAAAAAAAAAAUCAUUUUUUUUUCAAUUCCUUGAUCCGCUGCCGUCGCAUCUAAAAAAGGUUGCAAAAAGUCGGAGUAGUUUACUUGCGUGAGAGGUAACCGAUUCAUAUGAAUGUUAUAAAUAAUUCCGUUCAUUGUGGCGACGGAUAAGUUUAGAAUUUAAUAUAGUUAUGAUUCCCAUAUCUUGCUUCCUUGACUUUUGGAGUCAAGGAAGAUUGGUAUAAGGCCCCAACUUGUAUAUCAUAAUCAUUUAAAAUUAAAAAAAAAAAAAACGGAAAUCUUACGGCAACAUCCCCCAACAUGGCAGAGGAUAAACAUAUCUGCCAUCACUAUGAACGUGAUUUCUUGUUACAAUUAUAUUUUUCGGUUACCUCCCAUGAAAGAAACCUGCUUCGAGCCCUUUAGACUACUUGUAUAAAUAUGUGCAAUCAAACGCCGCUAAUUUGAAUUUUUAAAAGCCUACAAAAUCGAACAACAACAACUCGUUAAGGAAAGCAUCAACCUUUUCAAUAUUGUGAAUGCUAAGAGAAAAAUUGUAUUUUUUUUUUUGUAUUUUUGAAAAUGUAUUCCCUUGUUUCCAGUUUUAUUAAAAUUUUAGACUAGACUAAUAAAUAAAUUCUACAAAAUUAUUAUAAUUAUUAUAUGAUAAAUGUAUCUCUAAUCAAAAUAUAAAAAGUUUAAACACAAAAUAAAAUAUUUUAACAAAUAUUUA